AUGAGACCUGUUGUUUCUGGAGGUAAAGCCUGGUUCUGUACCGUAUUGUCUGCAUUCGGUGUAGUAAUUUUAUCUGUGAUAGCACAUUUGUUUAACGUUGGCCACGAAUCAUUCGUUGGUUCCAUAAAUGACCCUGUGGAUGGACCUGCAGUUGCACAUACUGUUUACUUGGCUGCAUUGGUGUAUUUAGGGUUUUUUGUAUUCUGUGGAUUCCAAGCAUACCUAAUCGCUAAACAACCCGCCAUCGAACUAAGGUGA